UCGUACAAGAUCUCUCUCUCUCUCUCUCACUCAUUUGAGCCUGGUUAGUUGUUACGGACAGAGUGACUCAGAAGAGAGAGGUCACCUACCGCACGAGAGUAGCGUGUAGCUUAACACCCUAAACAAAUGCACAUCACUCCUCCUGCCCCACUGGAACUCGAGGAAAAAAUCUCCGACCUUCUCUUCAACCUUGGUGGUGGCGGGUGUUAGUCAUCGCUGACUGGUUCGUUUCAUGAAGAUUCUCAGCUCGUGUUUUCAGAAUGAUGAUCACGGAGAAGUCUCAUGUUGUUGAUAUAGACAAUUGUCGUCGGCGUAGCAGCUCCGACGGUGGAGGUGGCGGGCAUCCAGACGCUGCCGAUGGUGCAGACAAGGAGCAAAGGUCCUCCCACGAGGCUUCUGGUGCCGAGAUUGUGAGAGUGUCGGAAAAAGACAAGGGAUCCCCUGCAUCGGAGAGUUCGGUUGAGGUGGAUUUGGGGAAUGCGGCGACGGAAGUGAAGGUACAUUCGGGUACGGUGAAGAGGGAUUGCAGGAUUUGUCAUCUUAGUAUGGACAUGACUAAUCAUGAAUCUGGGAGCAUUGAGCUAGGAUGUUCUUGCAAGGACGAUUUGGUUGCAGCUCACAAGCAAUGUGCCGAGGCUUGGUUCAAGAUCAAGGGAAACAAAACCUGUGAAAUCUGUGGAUCAAUUGCGCACAAUGUAACUGGAGCUUUUGAAGUUGAAACAGUUGAACAGUGGAACGAGGCAAACGAUGCCACCAUGGCACCCCCUACUGGACCUGCGUCCCAUGCUGAAAAUCGAAGUUUCUGGAGGGGCCACAGAUUCUUGAAUUUCCUGCUAGCCUGUAUGGUCUUUGCCUUUGUCAUAUCUUGGCUUUUUCACUUCAAUGUACCCUCAUGAGAUCCUGCAACUUUUGGAUGAAGCAGGUAAGUUAGGCUUUGAGGGUUAACAGACGACCACAUGACCCUUGAAACUGGUAACAUUCUCAGUAUCUGUGACUCAUCCAUGCUUUAUUGAAGCUGCGUUACAUACGUGAUGUGCAUAUCAGACCCAGCACGACUGAAUAUUGUAUAAUUUUUGUUGUACUGUUGUUGAUCUUAUUUUGGGACAGCCUAAAAGAGUACCACGCACUGCCAAUCCUUGUUUCCUUGCUUGAAUGGCUGAAUCUAUAUUACGUUGUAAACUUCUCA